GGGAUUGAAUCAAAAAGCCAAAAUAACUUCUAUACUUUCUCUCUGCUUUGAACAAAAAGCAUACGUACCCUCUUUUACACGGUUUUCAUGGCACUUCCGAGUUCUUGACUUGAUUUCUAUUGAAAGGGUUCUCUGUAUUUUCUGUGAGCUUUGUCAUUGUUUUUGCGAAUUCAAGCUCCAUAAAGAAUAAAUGGGACUGCAUAGUCCGAAGCUUACAGUCCCUCAAUCAGUAUAUAAUGUUCCAAAGCCUGCUUGUUCUGGGUAUUGUUCUUCUCCAUUGACCACUCGUACUGGAAUCAGAGGUCGGGGCUUUGGUUUUCGAUUAGUUCAUCAAUCAGGCAGUUUUGGGUCAUGUAAUUCCAAAGGUAGAGAUUUAAAGAGAUUUUGCACUGCCAAUUUUGGUGAAUUUUCCAACGAUGAGUUAUCGAAACAGAUUGAAGAGUUUACCCAUAAUUUCAGUUUCUUCGAGGAUGAGCAUGACAGUAGCAAUAGCAAGGAGAGUGCUUAUGCGGUAUCAGAUGUUGACAAUGCUUUGGAAGGCAAGACUAGCAGGAAUAUGUCUUCUUUGACGCCAUUUUCUGUGUUGAAUGUUCAAAUGCUCGAGCCUAGUUUGCUUGGAAUCAGGCCAGAGCCACCAGAAUGGCCAGAGAGAGAUGAGAUUGUUAGGGUUGGCAUUGAACGCAAAGCAAAUUCUGGUGAUAUUCCUUUAUCACUAAGAAUCAUUAAGAAAAAACGACAGUGGCAAGAGGGUUUUGUAGAUGCUGGGGAGUUUGCAUACUGUUCUGUAAAGAAGGCAUUUUCUUCAAUGGUGUUUAUCAUAAGAGAGCUCCAAACCUAUGCCUUAGAUAUAAGGCAAAGUCUCUACUGUGAAGAUUUACAAGUGAUUGUGCUUAAGGUUCAAAAGGAGAUGAAUGCAUCAUUUGUUUGGCUGUUUCAACAAGUCUUUUCAAGAACUCCUACUCUCAUGAUCUAUGUCAUGAUCCUUUUAGCUAAUUUCACAGUACAUUCAAUGGCUGAUAAUAUUGUCAUUGCUGCAGUUCCAUCACCUAAAACGACGAGUGGGACUGUGUCCUUGUUGGAGCAGAUGAAUCAAGAAAGCACACUGAAGUCUGCUGUCUCCUUGCCGGAUAUAUCUGAUGCGGGAUUGCCUGGAAAUCAAGGAAUGGCUUUAGAGGAGGUGAGGUUGUGGAAAUCUAUUGUGGAAGCAGCUUCAAGAAUACGAGGGGAAUCAAGAUUUAAGAACUUCGAUCAUGAGACAAUCAAAAACUUUGUGUCUCCAGUUGCUGUUGAGAUUGAACCAGAUGAUUAUGAGGAAUAUUCUAGAAUGAAUCUUCUUUACCAAAUGAGUAUAGCUGAGGAGCCAAAUAAUCCGCUUCUGCUCUCAAAUUAUGGGCAGUUUCUACGCCUCGUUGCUCAUGAUCAUGACAGGGCAGAGGAGUGCUUCAAGCAUGCUAUAUUGUUGGAACCACCAGAUGCUGAUGCAUUGAGUCUAUACGCUGAAUUCUUGUGGGUAGUCAGGAAAGACAUUUGUGCAGCAGAAGAGAGAUACCAGCAAGCAAUGGAAGCAGAUCCUAACAACCCACAUUACAUUUCAAAGUACGCCUACUUCCUGUGGGGCACUGGCAAUGAAGAGACCUGCUUUCCUCUCAAUCCCAGUAGUGAUAAUUACAAUAAGGUUAUGUAAUGGAAAACAACACUUUUAUAUAACCAUGCCAUUAUAAUGUUGUUGUAUAUUAUUUCUCCUGGCAAAUACAAUCUUUGCAUAAAUUUUGUUUCUUGGUGCAGUUCGUAUUGCUCUUAUAUGUCAAUACCAUUAUUGUCUAG